AUGGGUAAACGCCAUCAUGACUCAACGGAGCAGCGACCGAAGAAGAAGUCGAAGUCCGAGAAGCCCGCAAAAGCUCCUAAAGACAAUGAAAACGGAGACGAGAAGGCAACAAAGAAAACAUCUUAUUCUGAAGCCCCCGCUCUCUCCAAGCUUCCUCAAUCGGAGAUUGAAACCUACAUGACCGAAAAGAUUAUCAAAAUCACUGAUCCUCUAGCCGGUGCGCCCAAGUUCCGUCCACUCCUUUCGUUUGACUACUUGCCAGAAUGCGACACUGCCCUGUACUCUCAACUGAAGGAUUUCCCCGCACCCACGCCGAUUCAAUCUACCACCUGGCCGCUUCUGUUUGCUGGCCGUGAUGUGAUUGGCAUUGCGGAGACUGGAAGUGGCAAAACCUUGGGUUUUGGCUUGCCAUGUCUGAAGAAAUUGAUCGAUUCCAAGUCAAGCAAGAAGCCCUACCACCCAAGGGCAGUGAUCAUCUCACCAACUCGAGAGCUUGCAAUGCAGAUCUAUGACCAGCUCAUCAAGUAUGCCGGCUCCGAGAAGACCACAGUAACAUGUAUCUACGGAGGUGUAGGCAAGGAUGAACAGCGUCACGCCCUUCAAACGGCUGCCAUCGUCGUUGCCACGCCUGGUCGUUUAAAGGAUCUGCAGAACGACGGCUCUGUGAACCUUGGCAAGGUCAAUUACCUCGUCUUGGAUGAGGCAGAUCGCAUGCUUGACAAGGGUUUCGAGCAGGACAUCAAGGAUAUCAUCCAGCCAAUGCCCGUCUCUAGGAGACAGACAGUCAUGUUCACAGCAACAUGGCCCCGAUCAAUUCAGAACCUUGCAGCAACAUUCAUGAACUCCCCCGUGACUGUUACCAUUGGAGGAGACCCGUCCGCUGAUCCUCGUGCCAACACGAGAAUCAAGCAAGUCGUUGAGGUUGUUGAUCCCCGAGAAAAGGAAGGCCGACUUAUUCAGCUACUCAGCCGGUCUCAAAAGGGCCAAUCGCCCGAGAAGGUCUUGGUGUUCUGUCUCUACAAGAAGGAGGCCAUGCGAGUGGAGAACCUUAUCAGAAACAAAGGAUUCAAAGUCGCUGGUAUCCACGGUGAUUUGAACCAGUCUGACAGAUUCCGCAACCUUGAUGCUUUCAAGAAGGGCACUGCCACUGUUCUUGUGGCAACCGAUGUGGCGGCGCGUGGUCUUGAUAUCCCAGCCGUAAAGCUGGUCAUUAACGUCACCUUCCCCUGA